UAGAGUAAUUUUAUUCGCCAUUUAAAUUUUUAAUAGUUAGUUAUUUAAGUAAGAGAGCUAACAUGAGCCCAAUAUUAAGUAAUUUUCUCAGUAAAUCAUGCUUUCAAUUACUUUUUUUUAUUUAACGAUCAAUAUUUCUUAUGGUUUUGGCAAGCAUAUUCAUACUUCUAUAACAUAUUCGUGUUGCUACGUUUUGCCCAAUACUUACAAUAUACAAAAUGAAAUAUAUUCGAAUAAAGUUUAUCAAUAAAAAAUUAGUAUAGUAAAUUUAGGCAUGAUUUGUAUAGACAUGAAAAUCCUCAUGGGCUUAGUGAAAAAAAAAUUAGGAUCUUAAUGCUCAUAAGAGCUUACUCGCGCAGCAAUUGUCAAAACUAAAUGCAACUCAUUAACAUAGUUAGUUUUGCUUCUUCCGAAAUAAUGAAAUACUUUGAAGCAUGAAAUAAGAAGUACUUUUGCCAUAAAACGUUGCUGAGAAUAUAUUUGCGCUCUGUAACUAAAACUCCAAAACAAAUCGCCAUCUGUCCAACAUAAUCCAUCAUUAAUUAAACAUUUUCUUAGACGAAAAUUAGUUGCUUUUAAUAAAUUAUAAUUCAUAAACAUAAUAUUAUUGAAAUAUUUAUUAGUUUUAAUAAGAAAGGAAUUGCUUUUAAUAAAAAAUAAUUCAUAAGCAUAAUUUUAUUGAAAUAUUUAUUAAUUUUUAUAAGACAUAAUGCACAAUAUAAGAACGAUUUGCAAAGCGUAAUAUUGGUGGUAGAACACCGUACAUUCGGACUGUUGUCCGAAAAUAAUUUCUCGAUUACUUUGUCGAGUAUAUCUUCCCUGCGUGCAUGCAUUCGGAAUACGACCCUCCUUCGGGUUUACAUCAAUCGUAAGAAAGCAUAAGAAUUUAGUCUGAAAAUUUUUUGGUGGAUUACUUUAAUAAAUUUCGCAGUUCGAUUAAACUGAUCAAGUAAAAGAACGAUAUUAUACAAAUUGUGCAGCAGUACAAUAAAUUUGACUUCUUCAACCGAAAAUUGAACUUGUGAAAAAAUGGCAGCAAGCGACAAAUCUGUCGAUGACUCCCUCUACCCGAUCGCUGUAUUAAUCGAUGAGUUGAAAAAUGAGGAUGUGCAGUUACGUUUGAACUCGAUUAAAAAACUGUCGACAAUUGCUCUUGCGCUGGGCGAAGAACGUACACGUUCUGAACUAAUUCCGUUUUUGACCGAAACAAUCUAUGACGAAGAUGAAGUACUUUUGGCACUGGCUGAUCAACUCGGCAAUUUUACAAGCUUGGUGGGUGGACCAGAAUAUGCCAUGUAUUUAAUACCACCUUUGGAGAGUUUAGCAACAGUUGAAGAAACUGUGGUGCGUGACAAAGCUGUAGAAUCAUUGCGUACAGUGGCAGCAGAGCAUAGUGCCCAAGAUUUGGAAAUACACGUUGUACCAACAUUGCAACGUUUGGUCUCAGGUGAUUGGUUCACUUCACGUACAUCAGCCUGUGGACUCUUCUCUGUAUGUUAUCCAAGAGUUACUCAACCCGUAAAAGCAGAAUUACGUGCAAACUUCCGUAAGUUGUGUCAAGACGAAACUCCGAUGGUACGCAGAGCUGCAGCUAGCAAAUUAGGAGAAUUUGCAAAAGUCGUUGAAAUUGAAUAUCUGAAAUCAGAUUUAAUACCGAAUUUUGUGCAAUUAGCCCAAGAUGAUCAAGAUUCUGUACGUUUGUUGGCCGUAGAAGCCUGUGUUAGCAUUGCCCAAUUGCUACCUCAAGAAGAUGUUGAGCACUUAGUUCUACCGACUCUACGCCAAUGUGCCAGCGAUUCAUCUUGGCGGGUUCGAUAUAUGGUGGCAGAAAAGUUUGUAGAUUUACAAAAGGCUGUUGGGCCAGAAAUUACACGUGUUGACUUGGUGCCCGCUUUUCAGUAUUUACUGAAGGAUGCAGAAGCUGAAGUCCGUGCUGCAGUUGCUACAAAAGUUAAGGAUUUCUGCGCUAAUCUUGAUAAAACCAACCAAGUCCAGAUUAUCAUGAAUUCAAUAUUGCCAUAUGUGCGCGAUUUGGUGUCAGAUCCCAAUCCUCAUGUAAAAUCUGCUUUGGCGUCAGUUAUUAUGGGAUUAAGUCCUAUGUUGGGGGCGUACAACACUGUCGAGCAUCUUUUGCCCUUAUUCCUUAUACAACUUAAAGAUGAAUGCCCAGAGGUUCGUUUAAAUAUAAUAUCCAACUUGGAUUGUGUAAAUGACGUCAUCGGUAUUCAACAACUGUCACAGUCGCUAUUGCCAGCUAUUGUUGAAUUAGCUGAAGAUUCAAAAUGGCGAGUACGUUUGGCAAUUAUUGAAUAUAUGCCCGCAUUAGCCGGUCAAUUAGGGCAAGAAUUCUUCGAUCAAAAGCUUCGUGGCUUAUGUAUGGGUUGGUUAAAUGAUCAUGUGUACGCCAUUCGAGAAGCAGCAACUUUGAAUAUGAAGAAGUUAGUUGAACAGUUUGGUGCCCAAUGGGCUGAGCAAGCUAUUAUUCCUAUGAUCUUGGUUAUGUCACGUAAUAAAAACUAUUUACACCGUAUGACUUGUCUUUUUUGCUUAAAUAUGCUCGCUGAGGUUUGUGGAACAGAUAUCACAACCAAAUUGUUGCUACCCACAGUACUUCUAUUGGCAGCAGAUCCAGUAGCCAAUGUUCGAUUUAAUGUUGCAAAAACACUACAGAAAAUUUCACCUUUCCUUGAAGCUAGUGUUAUUGACUCACAGGUGAAACCCACACUUGAGAAGCUAAAUGUCGAUCCAGAUGUCGACGUAAAACAUUUUGCGUCAGAAGCGAUUGCGGGUAUCGCAGCAGAAAUGGAAUUAGACAUAUUUAGAAGUGUUAUUCCACCAGUUGAGGGUAAAGUGAAUUCUGCAGCCUUAAUGGCUAAAUUGGCUGUCCAGCCGCCAACAGAGCGUACCGUAGAGGAAGAUGCAUUUAAUUCCGAAGUAAAAAAUGGCAAGGAUUAAAUAAUAAUGGCUAAAAACAGUGUAAACUUAAAUACCAUCGCGAGGUCAACAUACAUAACGAGCUGGUUUAUUGAACGUAUGCAGAUUAUUACUGUGCGAAGAAAAUGAUAAGAAUAUUACAUAUUUAAGCAUUACAUCAAUUAUAAAGAUACAAACAAACAAAAAACAAAAACGGAUUGCACACAAUCUUUUAUUAUUUAAUAUAAACUGGAAAAAAAAUCAAUUGUAAGAAGUAGUUCACUUAAGUGCAUACAAUAAUACAAAUAAAAUUAACUACAAAUUGAUGUUAUUUA